AUUUAUGUAAGGAUUAAUUGAUAUUGAACCCAAAUAAUAUUUAGACUUCGCUGCUGAGGAAGGUAAAUUAGGAUAAACCACUCUCACUGUAUUCAACUUGACCUCUAAUUAAUUAUCAUUCAAAGUAAGCAUACUCAUCUAUGUCCAGAUCAAAACUGCUAACCCAAUGUUAUUCUAAGUGAAACCAAGCAUCGGCAUCAUAGCACCUAACAAUCAAGUCUCCAUUGUAAUCACAACUGCCCAACCUCUCAAGGAGAAUGGCAAUUUGAAUUCUAAAUUCCAAAUCAACGCAUGCACACUUCUAUAAGAUGAAUAGGGUAAUACCAUCUUCUAUAAGAAAGAUCUUACUAAUUUUUGGAAAUCUGUUGAUGCAGCACUAAUACAGUAAGUACAAGUGAGGAGUCGAAUUAAGCCUGUGGAGGUGCAACAAGAAAUUAUGCCAUAAUAAAUUCAAUAAAGUGUGAUAUCAGAGAAUAGUGACAUGAUGAAUCUGUUGUACUAAUCAAUAGUCGAUCCGAAAUCAAGGGAAUAAGACGAGGAGAUAUAGAGAUAUCAAGAGCAGAUCGAUCAAAUGGUAUGUACUCUUCCCCUAAGCUUUUAGACCAAGGAACUAUCCGAUUAUUAAUUGAUAUUAAGGAGUGUGAAAUAGCAACAAGCAGCUAUUAAACAUCUUGGUAUGUAUCAAAUCAUAAUGUCGCAAUAGGUAACAAAUUCGAGUUGAAUUAAGUGUUGAUAAUUGGUGCAAUAUCGAUCGUUUUGGGAUUCAUAUUCGGAAAUUGAUUAAUUAAAUUUAUCAAUU